GCUAUGCUAUGCCUAAGGCCAUUCGUUGAAAAAUAGGCUUAUUAAAAAAAAAAAAAGCCAAAAAAAUAAGAUCUAUUCUAGACUCUAGAUAUAGAUCUAGGUCUAUAGCUAGGUCUCGAUAGAAUCGAGCUAUUUAAAAAUAAUUCUUUGAUAUGCAAGAUCUUGUUAAAAAUGAGUUGGAAUCCAUUCAGCAGAUCUUCUUCAUCAUCUUUGAAGAAACCAGUGUUAUCAAAGCCAGCACAAAGGGAAUUUGAAAAAGAACUUAAGAAGCUUGAUGACUUAGAAGAACUAACAAGAAGACUCUAUAAAGAUGCCAAGAAACUCACAGAAGCCAACAAUGUUUUGUCCAAGUCGGAGCGUAAACUAUCCCAGGAGCUACUUUCCACUCAACUUUGUCAAUCAGAGGAUACUUUCAAAAAUAUAAUUGAUGAAUGGGAUGCUGCGAUGGUUAAAAUGGAUCUACAUAUGACUGACAGGAAUGUUUACUUGCACAGAACAGUUUUAGAACCAUUGAAAAAAUUUGUGAGCGUAUUUCCCUAUGCCCAAGUAGCUGUGAAGAAACGAGAACAGAGUUUACAGGAGUUCCAGAAGUGUCAGGACAAAAUGAGUAAAUAUCAAGAUAGAGACAGGACAGGCCCCAAUGCUGUCAAACUUGAGAUGAGUAAAAAAGCACUUCAAGCUGCUCAAGCUGAAUUCACACAUCAGAACACAGCCCUGAUGGAAGACAUUCCAAAGAUGAUUGACAACCGUACUGAUUAUUUUCAGCCUUCACUGGAAGCAGAAAUCAAAUCUCAAGUACAGUAUACAACUGAAGCAGUCAAAGUAUAUGGUGAACUGUCCAAUUUAAUGAAUGGCCACAGAGAGCACUCCAAACAUGAUUAUGCCUCACAGAUCCAGCAUGCCCUAACAGAACUGAAGGCACUAUCUAUAACUGCUGAUUGAAUGUUAAGGAACUACCAUUUCUAAAGAGUUAUUUAAUUUUAAAGACAAUUAAAGAAUCUGUGAUUCUAGCUCUACAUUCAUAUCACACAUAUUUUAAUCUACCUGAAACAUAACCACCAUAUUUAAAUCUUCUAUCUGAAACAUAACCAAGUAUAUUUAAAUAUUCUAUCUGAAACAUUACCACUAUAUUUAAAUCUUUUAUCUGAAACAGUACUGCUAUUAACUUAUUACUCUAUGCUAUUUAAUUUUGUUUUUAGCAUCUCUCAUGUCAUGUUUGGUUAAUGUAUAUAUAGAUUCAACAUGUCAUAAAAAUGUUCUUAUUCAUCAUAGCAAAUCACUUUCACAGUAACCUUAUCCUAACAACAUAAUACCAUUCUAAUACCAACAUCAAAACUAAACAACUUAAUAGUAUCUCUAAACCUUAUCUUAGAGCCAGCUUAAAUUCUUGACUAAAUAUAAGAAAACCAGAAAUCUUACCAUUGAUCAAUUACAAAUUAUUGCAACUUGUUAAGGGAUGAGAAAUGAAUUUAUACAUUAAGUCUGAAACUUAUCUAUAAUUAUAAAACCUUUAUUUGAAUUAAUAUAUAUUUGUUAAUAUUAAGAUCACUUUUAUUUAUCCAUUGAGCACAUCUAAUAUUAUUUGUAUUUGUUUUAAAUAACAAAAAACAAACAUAAAAAGCCACAAUAGACACUUCUUUUGUCUCAUAGUUUUAAUGUUUUGAAGGUAAACUAUUGGAGUCAUUGAUAGAAAGCAUUAUGCAUGCCCAUACUUAAUUAUGUUGAUAGAAAACAUUAUGCCCAUACUUAGUUAUGUUGAUAGAAAACAUUUUGGCCAUAUUUAGUUCUGUUGAUAGAAAACAUUAUGUCCAUACUUAGCUGUGUGAGUUGAUAGAAAACAUUAUGUCCAUACUUAGUUAUAUUCAUUUUUUUCCCUCUAAUUUUUACAUUUAUUUUAGGAUUUUUUUCAAUUUCAUUCCUAAAAUAUUUUGUACAUUGUUUAAAAAAGUAUUUCUAACAUAUCAAUGUGAUUGAUAUGCAUACAAAACUACAACCAUCUUACUAUACUUGUAUUUAUUUGAUUUUAUGGUCAGACUUUUAGUUUCUGUUUAAUCGGAUCUGUGCAAUUUGUUUCUCUACUUUGUACAUUGUGAUGUCAGAAAUGUUUGAGAUCAUUUCAAUGUAAUGAUAUUUACUGGAGAAAAUUAUUUUUAGUAUUGAAUUAAUUAAUUUUUUUUUGCAUAUUGUCAAGUGCCUUUAAUUUUAACUGCUAAUUAAAUAUGUAUAAUUAUAAAGCCAUA